GGAGAUCCUUGUUCCGCCUCCUAACGUAAGCAAUUUACGCCCCUUUCUAAAAGUAGAAAUAGAAGAUUUUGACUUCGACGCAUAUUAUAUAAUCGAUAAAGAUAAACGAAGGGCUAGAAUAAAGAAAAAAAAAAACAAACCCUCUAAGGUUGCAUAUUGUUAUGAUGAAGCUGGAAACGCUUACCUUAAAGAAGAAAACU